AUGAGGAAAUACCAACGUCAGGCGCAAUCCCAACCAAAACACGGGCCGCCCUCAGCCAGCGGUGCAUCCAAAGCCCCGAUCGCACCACCCACCCGACGACCAGAUGAGAGAGGCUCUGGCAUCACCAAGAAGUCCGUAAAACGCCCGUCGCCUCAGGCAACCCCAGCACCAGCCGCAAAAAUCCACCAGCAGAUUAUUCCAGAUAGCCUGCAACAGCUGAUUCUGGAUAUCUUUCGGGAAACAUUCCCUGAAGUAGAUGAUUUUGAAGCGCUGAAACCGGCGUUGCGGGAGAUAAAGGAUACUCUCGAUCGCCGGGAUUUCCAGGGAGCCUUUGCCACUCCAGAGCACAAGGAGAGAUAUACCAUCCGAUGGAGUCCGAGCCAGGCAUUAGCAUAUGCAAACAUUUUGGCUUGGAUUGCCAAAGAAUACAGCGAUAACGAAUGGAUCAAACGCUUCGAUGCCGGUGAUGUCGAACAUAACCCGUCAAGUGUCCUUUGCUUUGGUCGAGGCGCGGCGGAGCUCGUGGCUUUGAUCACAAUGCUGAAGAACUCUCAUGUGAGCGCAUCAGGACAGCCUAUCCAGCCACAGCCCGCAAAUGGACAAGAAAUUGAUGGAGCGCUUGAAUCUUUGGCCGUCUCUGAUCAGCGACCCAUAUCAGACAAGGCUCUGCUGAGCGUUUACCUGGUUGACACGACCGACUGGACCGAGGUCGUAUCCAAAAUACAACAAUCCUAUACAACACCACGCCCUCUCUCCAAGUAUGCCAGCGCCAAGGCACGACUUUCAAACAGCCCUCCGCUUUCCCCCCAAGCUCUGAGCUGGAAGUUUAGGCAACUCGAUAUACUUGAAUGCGGCGUUGAAGAAUUAGGUUCUACGAUCGGUCGCGAUCCAACGUUAAUAACUCUCUUCUUUACUCUGAACGAGAUGUAUUUGAAUUCAAUUUCUAAAACAUCGGCUUUCUUGCGGAAGAUAACUGCGGCGGCGCCUAAAGGAAGCCUUCUACUCAUCGUUGAUAAACCUGGUGCCUGUGUCGAGGCAGGGCCUACGAACGACAGUACUGAAACAGAGAGGAGACAAUACCCUAUGCAUUUGCUAAUGUAUCGGGCAUUAUUUCCUGUGGAAAAUCAGAAAAUCGAAAAGGUCAAAGAAAAGAAAGAACCUGCUUGGCAGAAGCUGGUCGAAGAAGAUAAUUGCGUGUUUAAGCUAGACAAGGGUCUAGUAUUUCCUGGCAGUUUGGAAAACAUAAAGUUCCAGAUGCACCUACUUCAACGUUUAUAG